CCGGCAGCGAUAAAAACUAGAUUCCCGUCAGGGCGCACAACCCAACCAGCACAGUACCUAAAGUCCUGAGAGCAGGACGGAAGGACAGAAACCGGAGGACCGAUGGAGAUCGACGACGACGUCGUCGUCACCAGGGCCGAGAUCACGGACGCCGCGGAGGCCACGUUCGCGGACUCCACCGUGAUCCCCGACAGGUAUGCCCGGCCGGACGAGGUCGGGGACGGGGUCGUCGUCGGCGGCGACGACGAGAGCCACGAGCUGCCGCUCGUUGACAUGGCGAGGCUGCUCGACUCGGAGUCCUCGGAGGCGGAGACGGCCAAGCUUGGCUCCGCGUGUCGACACUGGGGCUUCUUCCAGCUAACAAACCACGGAGUCGACGAAUCGGUUGUGCAAGGCAUGAAAGACAGCGCUAUGCAGUUCUUCCGCUUGCCGCUGGAGAAGAAGAACGCACUGGCCGUCCACGCCGGCAGCUUGGGAGGGUUCGGGCACCACUUCACCGGAUCAUCCCGCAAGCUGGACUGGGCAGAGAGCCUCAUCCUCGCCACGCAACAGAACGGGCAAACGAGCAUGAACCUCUGGCCCGCCGACCCGCCAACAUUUGGGUCAUUUUUUCAUUUAAACAUUUGGGUCUUCUUUUCAAGCGUCACACGCCCAUUACUGCUCUGUUUGCUUCGUCUCAUUCGCCCGCCUGCUUAUAACACCAGGGAUGCGCUUGAGAAGUACUCGCUCGAGAUGUCUGGCCUCACGAGGCGCCUCCUGGGGUUCAUGGCGAGCGACCUCGGAGUGGAGCGGGAGGCGCUCGACGGGGCCUUCCGUGGCAAGACGCAGAGCGUCGCCAUGCACCACUACCCUCCGUGCCGGCACCCGGACAAGGUGAUAGGCAUCACGCCGCACCAUGACGGCCUCGGCCUGGCGCUCCUGCUGCACGUGGACGACACCCCCGGCCUGCAGGUGAAGAGGGACGGCAGGUGGUUCCCGCUGGACCCGCUGCCGGGCGCCCUCGUCGUCAACGUCGGCGACAUCCUCCAGGUCCUCACCAACGGCGAGUACAGGAGCGCGGAGCAUAGGGUGCUGGUGGACGCCGAGAGAGGCCGGGCGACCGUGGUGAUGUUCCAGGACGCGUCCGUCGCCGGGACGGUGAAGCCGCUCCCGGGGCUCGGCGAGGCAAGGUACAGGGAGAUCGAGUACGGUGAGUAUGUCAAGGGGAAUUUCAGGGGGCUCGCUGAAGGGACCAGGUUCGUGGAUAGUCUCCAGACCAAUCGGUUUUGCUAAUGGGUAUUCUGUUGGCUUUGUUUUAGCUGUGUUUUGUUUGCCUCGGCGUGUGCGUGUGUGUGGGUUGUGAACUUGUGGUUGUGUGUUCUUGCCCUAAUGCCCUGUGUGUGUGCGCGCGCGCGCGCGCGCGUAUAUGUCUCCGUAUGGAAUUCAUUUCUGUAAGUGAUCUGCUUGAAUCAUAAUAAUAUUAAAGUUGCACUACUA